CACCCCGGUCUGGAGCCUUCAGAAUGUUUCUGCAAGGAAGAGGCAUCGAGCCAAGGCUGAAGGAAGCCCCUGUGUGAGUGCAGACGACCGGGAGCACCUCCAGCAGAGCCAGCAUCCUGUCUGCUUUGUUCUCUGAUCUGUGUUCAACUCCUGGCACAAGUGCAGGGAUUUUGCUGUCCUGGUGGAUCUUCAUGUAUCGCCUCAAGGUUCAAACAAAGACACCAGCUGGUUUUCUGAAAAGAACAAAGAGGGCAAGGGGGACUGUAUAUUAAAAGAGGAAGUUAAAGUGAUUAUUCCAGGAAAUCUGUUUACUGUUAAAAGAAACCAUUAAUUCAAGAGUUAAGGAGUACUUGGAAGUUCGUAAACAGCGCAGGCCAUCAAAUACAGAAUUCACAAGAUCCAGUCCCUUGUCCUUAAAAGAUGAAAAUUUCCUCUAAUCAUGAAAACAAAACUGACUUCAAAUUAACCAUGGGGAAGCCAGGAGCACUGUCCUGCUUGAACUACCAUAUGGGAUAUGGCUUCCAAAUCACAGCCUAUUUCCUCAAGAGAGGGAUACACCUUCGCUGCUUUGGAGGUUCACAGAGUCGUGAACUUCGUGUAUUUCCUGACAGAUUUGUGGUCUGUGUAAGUCAGCUUGCAUUCAAUCAUGAUCUUUCAAGACAGAAUGAAGAAUUGACGGAAAGAGCUCUCCAUGGAGCGUCUGAUUAUUUUGCUGAGUGUGCAGAGAGUCCACUUCCUCCCAGUGCAGAGCUCAAGAGAAACACUCUGAAAGAAAUUAUGAAAAGAGCUGAAACAAAAGGCAGCAUCGUGAGCAAAUCACAGAGCAUCGGGGACAUUGUGGGCACAUCAGGUGACUCAGUGAUUGCAGAGAUGGCCGUGAGAAGUGCCGGUCAGGCUUCAUCCAGUGCCCCUUCCGCGUCCACGGGGCAAGCAAGCGAUUCCACACAGGCAGCUGGGCGUCACUGGAGGCGUUCUGUUCAAAAGCUGGAAAAUGUUCAUCAGACCCAGCCAGAAGACACCAGCAGCCAGCAAAAACCUCAUCCUGGGGAGUGGCUAGAGACAGGGCUUCUAAGCGGGAGCCCUGUCUGGAGCAGUGAGUCAGCAUCACCAGGUCCAAAACAAAGUCCACGAGGGGCCAGAACACAACAGAAACGCAGGAACCGCGGCUCUGCGGAGGACUCCGACCACCGCAAGAGAGUUUCUCUUGGAAGUGAUCGAUUCCUCCCGAGAGAAAUAAUAGUGGAAAAAAGCAAAGCAGUCAAGGUUUUGCCCACUAUAGAGCUGUCAGAUCCGGGGUUACUUUUGAAACAAGAUUUGGUAAGAACCAUGUCUAGUGAAGAGUUGCAUGUUUUGGAAAAUCUGCCCUCCAGACAUCUUGUGAAAAGCAAGCCAGGGAAGGCAGAGCAAACCGGCUCAGCCACAAACACUGAAAGAUUCGCUGCAAUCCAGGCCAGCCCAAUGAAGAAAAGGAAGAAGUAGGAAAGAGGCCACUGACCCACUACAGAGGAUUGCAGAAUUGUGGUUGAGGGGCACAGUGGCCAGACCCAUGAAAAGUGAGACGUGUGUA